GAACGCCGCUGUGGGCAAAAUAGUGGUUGAAAAUGCAGCCACAUUACAGGAUGUUGAAGACCAUGUAAAUAUGUUUGUCUACGAUGAAUUUUUCGAUGGUGUCCGACUCAGGGAAUUGAUCAACAACCAUCACAUCAUUGCGAAAUAUUUACCACUACUCAAGCUCCCCUCGCACCUGGUGGCCUGUACAGAUUUGGUGGAGACAGCCAAAUAUGCCGACAUCAUUGUUUUUGUAAUACCAAAACAAUUUAUUGAGGAAUUUUGUAAAACUCUUCUGGGGAAAAUUAAAUCAAAUACCGUGGUCAUCAAAGGGUCAGUGGUAAAUGCCACCGUCGAUGCAGAUGCCAACAGGGCAAAUGGUGUUGGUGAUAAUGGUGGCAUUCAAUUGAUUUCAAAAACCAUUGGGAAAUUUUUGAAG